CAAUUUCUCAAAGCCCUCUUCUGCAUCUUCUUCUUCAUGCCCAGCCCACUACCACUCGCAGAGGUCGCAUAGUCUCCCACCCCCAACCCCGCAACGAAGAACGAAAACCAACCGAGCGACAAAACGAAAACCUAGACACACAUACAUACACACAGACCUUCACAAGGGUUUCACACAGAGACUCAACAACGUUUCCAUGGCUGACAUUCUCACGGAGCUGUUGUGUGCUAGGGCUAAUUUCACCUUUUUCCAUUGAAUAGCGGGUUCGUUAUUCAAAACCCUAGGAGACAGGAAGUAGGCAGAAAUUGGACUUCGUACUGGCCUCAGUGUCGUGCCCUAGAUCCCAAUUUUGCAACCCUGCGCCCAAUUUCAGACACUCCUGCUUUAAAAACUUGUAGUUUGAUGGGAGGGGCAAGACUAUAAAUCUUAAAGUAGGAAUGCAUGGAUGUAGCUCAGGAUCUACUCUCCUAGUAAAUGCUGAAGUUGAUUCCAUGGGAGGAGUUGUUGACGGCGGAGUUGGUAUUGGUUUGAAAACCUCUCCGCGCCGAGCAGCAAUCGAGAAGGCUCAAGCAGAGCUUAGACAGGAGUAUGAUGUGCGUGAGGAAAGGAGAAGGGAGCUAGAAUUUCUCGAGAAAGGUGGGAAUCCUUUGGACUUCAAAUUUGGGAAUGCAGCUUCUGUUAGUGUCCAGUCUACUUCACUCACUGAUCAGAAUCCUGAACAAUUUGUGACCAGCGAAGCAAAAGGCAGUUUUGCUGCCUCACCUCAUGGUGAUUCUGUAGAGAGUAGUGGUAGACCAGGGGGCCCUACAGUUUGUGAACCAAAUAGUGCUGACAAUCUCUUACUUUUUGAUGGUGACAAUGAUUUACCUGAAGCAGAAAGGAAUCCUUUACAUCCUAGUAGAAGGAAUAAUGUUACUCCAUCUGAACAGUCUUCUCAAAUGGAUGGGACUCAAAAUGCCAAGGAAUCAGAAGACUCGGCCAUUGUACGGCCUUAUGCUCGAAGGAACAGGUCAAGAUCAAAUCGUGAGGGUGCUCGAUCAAAUUCCACUGAUAUGGUUCAGAGCCGCAGUGGUCAGGGUUCUUCUUUACCUCUUUGUAGCAGCUUGAGGGAUACUAAGGUAACGGCAAUGGAAGCAAAUAAUGAGAAAGACCAGAAUAUGCCAUCUGUUUCUAACUUAAAGUCUGCUAGUUCAAAUGGUGAUGUGGUUCCCAAGGUGGUUAUUUCUGAUAAUCAGUUGGAUAUGGGCUUGGAUGGUGCACAGCUUCACAAAAUGUCGGUUGGAACAUCAAAUGGUAGUGUGCACGACAGUAAAUUGGAUAUUGUAGCACCCAGAAGUUUGCAAGAGAGCCAAGAUAAUCAACCAUCUCAAGUUGAUGCUCAGCAAAUCCCUUCUGUUGUUGCUUCUGGGGCUCUUGAUGUCAGCGAAAUGGAUCACAUGGUUUCAGCAGGCCAGGAACCUUGUUUAGCUACAACGAACAUAAAUAAUGAAACUUCUGUUCAGCCAAAUGGGAUUAGUAACUCUAAGAGAGAGAAUAAAAUUAUAGUAAGUGAAGUUCAAAACAGCAGUGCAGCUGGAGGCACAAAAGGUUUAGAUUCAGAGUCUUCAUGCACCCAAACUAGCCUAGGAGUAGAUGUACAUAAUGAUAGUGACAUGUGUACUAAUACAAGAAACAUUGAUUGUUAUGGAAAUACCAUGGAGCAAACAUCGGAUGUUGAAGGGGCCCCAAAUCCAUCUGGUGGUGAAAUGGAAAAGGGAAAGAAUGAGGAAAAGGCUGUUGAUGGUGGUGCUGUCAUUACUGACAACCGUUCUUCUCUUUGUCAAAACCACUCCGGUGAUGUUAGUACAGUAAAAAUUGAGGAAGAUAUGCCUGCAACUAGACCUGAUUCAGAUAGUGAAAUUAAGCUUCUUUCCAGCACUGAGGGAGUGCAAAAGAGUGACCAGAUUGUAUCAGAAACUGAUAGAAAAGUGGAUGAUAAAUUGGAUACUAACAUCAACAUUAACAAGGAGAAUAAAUGUGUAGGAAGACUUCAGGAGCCUCAAGAUAUUUCUAUGCAUGAGCUUCCUGAGGCUGCUUCGUCAGGGAAGGAUUCUGCUGCAACCCUUGAACCUCAGGUUUGUCCUGAUAAUGCUGUGAAAGUGGUGGACAAGGCACAUGAGGAUUCUAUUUUGGAAGAAGCUCGAACGAUAGAGGCCAAGCGUAAGAGGAUUGCUGAAUUGUCUGUUCGUUCUCUACCCCUGGAGAUUCGAAGAAAAUCUCACUGGGAUUUUGUCCUUGAGGAAAUGGCAUGGUUGGCAAAUGAUUUUGCGCAGGAGCGUCUUUGGAAGAUGACCGCUGCUGCUCAAAUAUGUCAUGGGGCAGCUUUUAGUUCUCGGCUGAGAUUUGAGGAACAACAUCAACAAUGGAAGCUAAAAGAAGUUGCCCAUGCAUUGUCGAAGGCGGUCCUGCAAUUUUGGCAUUCAGCUGAGGUGAUUUUAAAUGGUGAUGAUAGCAGUGUUUGUCCAGAAAAAAGCGAGUACAGUAUGGUUGGAUCUGUAGGGGUUGAUAGGAGUGAAGUUUCUAAGGACAAGAGUCAAGAAUCUAAUAUGCAGGAAUCAAGCAAAAAGUUGGAUCCUCAAUAUCCCAGAAAGAUUCUUGCUGUUCAGGGUUAUGCUGUAAGAUUUUUGAAAUAUAACAGUUCUCUUGGUCGUUGCCUUCAAGCAGAAGCACCAGCAACACCUGACAGAGUAUCUGAUUUAGGCAUUCUGGAUGUGUCCUGGGAGGAUAAUCUUACAGAAGAGAGUUUGUUCUAUACUGUUCCCUCUGGUGCAAUGGAAAGCUACAGAAAAUCUAUUGAAUCUCAUUUUGUGCAGUUUGAGAGAACUGGUAGUAGCGUGCAAGAGGAAGUUGAGACAUCUAUGUAUGAUGCUGUAGCAGACUAUGGCUUCCAGGAGAAUCCUUAUAUUGAGGAUGAAGGAGAAACAAGCACAUAUUAUUUGCAUGGAGCCUUGGAAGGUGGCAGGUCAUCAAACUCUGCGCAGAAGAAACGGAAGAAUUCUAUAAAGUCAUACACAGUAAGGUCAUAUGAAACAGGAAUUGAUUUUCCUUAUGGUAACUGCACAGCUGCUACUCAACAGUCCAUGUUGCCGGGGAAAAGGCCUGGUAGUCUGAAUGUUGGUCCAGCUCUGCCAAAACGCAUGCGCACUGCUUCUAGGCCGAGGAUUCUUAGUCCUUUUAGUGGUGCAGCUACUGGAAGUGCACAGGUACAAAUGAAGACAGAUGCUUCAAGUGGAGAUACCAAUUCUUUUCAGGAUGACCAGAGUACUUUGCAUGGUGGCUCCCAGUUCCAGAAAAGUGUGGAGGUUGAGUCUGUCGGUGACUUUGACAAGCAGUUACCUUAUGACUGUGCAGAAACAUCGGUGAAACCUAAGAAGAAGAAGAAGGCAAAACAUCUGGGCUCCACAUAUGACCAGGGAUGGCAGGUAGAUUCUGCCAUGCUUAAUGAUCAGAGAGAUCAUUCCAGAAAGAGAUUGGAAAGUAAUCAUUUUGAAUCGAAUGGCACAAGUGGUUUAUAUGUUCAGCAUAGUGCAAAGAAGCCAAAAAUAUUGAAACAACCAGUAGAGAAUACUUUUGACAAUAUUACAACCAUGACUGGAUCCAUUCCUUCUCCAGUGGCAUCCCAAAAUAAUAUGUCCAACACUAGUAAAUUUAUUAAAUUAAUAGGUGGACGGGAUAGGGGCCGAAAAGCUAAAUCACUAAAGACAUAUGCGGGGCAGUCAGGGCCUGGAAGUCCUUGGUCACUAUUUGAAGACCAGGCUCUUGUUGUUCUUGUACAUGACAUGGGUCCUAACUGGGAGCUCAUAAGUGAUGCUAUCAACAGCACCCUGCAGUUCAAGUGUAUCUUUCGCAACCCUAAAGAAUGCAAGGAGCGUCACAAAAUAUUAAUGGAUAAGAGUGCUGGUGAUGGGGCAGAUAGUGCUGAAGAUUCAGGGUCUUCUCAGCCUUAUCCAUCUACGUUACCGGGUAUCCCAAAGGGCAGUGCCAGACAGUUAUUUCAACGUUUGCAAGAGCCAAUGGAGGAAGACACCCUCAAGUCUCAUUUUGAUAAAAUUAUUAAGAUUGGGCAGAAGCAGCAUUACCGCAGGAGUCAGAAUGAGAACCAGGAUCCAAAACAGUUAACUCCGGUGCAUAAUUCUCAUGUUAUUGCUCUUUCUCAAGUCCACCCAAAUAACCUGAAUGGAGUUCUUCUAACGCCUCUUGAUCUCUGUGAUGCAACUGCAUCUAGCCCAGAUGUUCUUCCGAUUGGGUAUCAAGGUUCUCAUCCUAGCGGUUUAGCAAUAUCAAAUCCGGCUGCUGUUGCACCAUUGCUUCCUUCUUCUGGGGCAAAUUCCUCACUACAAGGAUCUUCUGGAAUGGUUCUUGGUGGUAAUGUGUCAUCACCAUCUAGUGCACUUAAUGCCUCUAUUAGGGAUGGUAGAUAUAGUGUUCCUAGGGCAACUUCUUUACCAGUUGAUGAGCAGCAAAGAGUGCAACAAUAUAAUCCAAUGCUAUCGGGUAGAAAUAUCCAGCAGUCCAGCUUGUCUGUACCUGGUGGUCUUUCGGGGGCUGAUCGUGGAGUGCGUAUGCUACCUGGUGGAAAUGGCAUGGGCAUGAUGUGUGGAAUGAAUAGAAACAUGCCAAUUUCAAGGCCAGGUUUCCCGGGAAUGACUUCAUCAUCCAUGCUGAAUUCUGGGAGUAUGCUUUCAUCAAGUAUGACAGGAAUACCAAGCCCUGUAAAUAUGCAUUCUGGAGCUGGUCCUGGUCAAGGAAACUCAAUGAUAAGACCACGUGAGGCUUUGCAUAUGAUGAGGCCUGGCCAUAAUGCAGAGCAUCAGAGGCAAAUUGGAGUUCCAGAGCUUCAGAUGCAGGGGACACAAGGGAACAGCCAAGGUAUUGCCCCGUUCAAUGGUUUGAGUGCUGCAUUUUCCAACCAGACAACUCCACCUCAAGUUCAGCCGUAUCCAGGCCAUCCCCAGCAGCAGCAUCAGGUGUCCUCACAACAGCCUCAUGCGCUUGGCAGCCCUCAUCAUCCUCAUCUUCAAGGCCCCAAUCAUGCUACAGGUUCACAGCAGCAGGCCUAUGCAAUCCGCCUUGCUAAAGAAAGGCAGAUGCAGCAGCGGUAUAUGCAGCAGCAGCAGCAGUUUACUGCUUCUAAUGCUUUGAUGUCACAUGUCCAAUCACAGCCGCACCAUCCCAUUUCAUCAACUCUGCAAACUAGUUCUCAGGUUCAAUCACAAACAUCGUCUCAACCAGUAUCUCUGUCUCCUCUAACAUCAUCAUCCCCAUUAACUCCUGCAUCUGCACAACACCAGCAGAAACAUCACCUACCACCUCAUGGCCUCAGCCGGAAUCCUGGUGUCAGUGGGUUGUCAAAUCAAAUGGGAAAGCAACGGCAGCGGCAGACACAAAAUCAGCAUCUUCAACAAACUGGUAGGAACCACCCUCAGCAACGACAACAUGUGCAGUCUCAGCAGCAAGCUAAACUCAUGAAGGGAGUAGGAAGAGGUUUGGCACAUCAGAACCUUCCUGUGGACCCAUCCCAUCUGAAUGGCCUUUCAAUGCCUCCAGGGAACCAAUCUCUGGAGAAAGGAGAGCAACAGAUCAUGCAGAUGAUGCAAGGUCAAGGUGUAUAUUCUGGGUCUAGUCUAAAUCAAAUUCAACCGUCAAAGCCAUUGAUUCCUCAGUCUUCUAAUCAUUCUCCGCUGCAGCAAAAGCUAAUUUCUAGCUCAGCUCCUCCUGCAUCAAAGCAACUCCAGCAAAUGCCUUCUCAUUCUGAUAAUACCACUCAAGGCCAGGUUCCUUCAGUUCCUACAGGUCAUCCAUUAUCAGUCUCGCAUCAAUCUGUUCCCACAGCAGUCAUGGCUUCCAGCCACCAGCAGCUACAACCACAGUCACAGCCACAUCAAAAGCAAUUAAAUCAAACUCAACCAAAUGUUCAGAGAAUGCUUCAACAAAAUCACCAAGUAAAUUCUGAGAUGCCAAACAAGUCGCAAACUGAUAUAGCUCAAGCUGACCAUCCCAUGAGCAAUGUUCCUCAGGUAGUUGCGAGCAUGGCAAUGCCUCAGUCCUGUAUUGAUUCACCAAUUGUAGUGCCGGUCUCUUCUACUGUUGCUCCACAAUGGAAAUCAUCGGAAAAUUCAACUGCUCAAGCAGGUUCUGUUGGAAGUCCCCCUCGCACUAAUUCAUCUGGGAAUGAGCCAAUACAGCCUGUUAGUCAAGGUAUAGGCCCAAGACAGCUAUCUGGUGGUUUGCCUUCUCAUGGACAUAAUGUUGGUGCCCAGUGGCAGCAACAGCAGCAACGACCACCUUUACAGCAAUCUCCGACAAUGCCCACCCCAUCCCAACAGUACCUGCAACAUGAACAGCAGCAACAACAUCAGGAGCAAAAGUCACCACCACAACUGCCACUGCAACAGCAGCCUUCACAGCAAGUGCAACAUCUGCAAGCAGGUCAAGGCAGUAUGUAUUUGAGGCCCACUAAUUCUAAACCAGAAUGAAGCAUUCGAUGGAACUGAGCAGUUCCAAAAGCAGUUCGUCGUGCCAAGAUUGGGCCUGUAUGCCCUUGUUACAGCCAUGUACAGAUGAGGCUGUUCAUUCCACAAGGGCUUUGAUGGAAGGAAAGCUAGUAUUGCAAGGAAUUUUCAUUUUGAUUUUGGAAAUGUAAAUUACCACUGGUCUGGAGAUGGAAAGAUAGAGACUAUAGAGGCAUGUGUACAGGGGUCUCUCAUCUCUCCUUUUGUACUUUUUUUUUUUUUUUUUCUUUGCUUAUUUUCUUUUCCUUGGUCUCCCUGCCACUCUGCAGAGGGACCUUAUUUUUUUCCCCUCGUAGUUUAGUGCAUCAUGUAUCAUUGUACUUUCAGGUUAAAGGGGGUUAGCAAUCAUUUUUAUGGGCAGAGAGAAGCCUUCUGCAAAUUUUGUGAAUAGUAGGAUUCUGGUAUAUACCUGGUUCGUCAUCUGGCGCUGUCCAUUUGCACAUGUGGAAUCUCUGUAAUGGAUUUCCCAGUUUUUAUAAUGCAACAAGGUUUUAGAGCUCAUUUUCAAUGAUGCA